CAUGGAGAGCGGAUGGGGAGAGGACGAGGGAGCGCUGGGAAGAUAACGCAAGGAGACAUACACGCAAGACAUCUCUGUCUGCGUCUUGUGCUUUGACAAGCGUGCUGCUGUCAUCUGAGCAUGCCUAGCUCGCGCUGUCCGACGCUUGCGUGAGCGACGCUCUCAUUCCCUUUUUUCCCCGGCCUCGUUUCAGCCACGAACCCGUUGCGGUUCCUCUGGUGGCAUCCCCUUUCCUGCGGAGGAGAAAAGAAAGAGACGGGGAAGAAAAGGAAACAGAGUCCACGGAGAACAAAGUAUAGUUUUAAGCCGAGCGAUCGAGAAGUAGGACGCCUUUCUCCUCUUCCUCUUCGCCAAGAUCUUAUUUUGAGGAUUCGGAUGGUUAAUAGUGGUGGUUUCACAUGCGUGUGUAAGAUCUCUUGGCUUGGUGUUGGGUUUCCUGGGAGAUCGAGCAAGCUUCGUUGAGAGGGCUUCUGCCGCUCUGUUCCGAGGCCUGCUUGGGAUUUUUCUUGCUCUAAUAGCAUUUUUGUGAUCCUUUUGAUCGCGUUUUUUUGGCUCAAGUUUAUUGUUCUUUCUUGCGCUGCGGACCAAGGUGUGGUAAUCCUUUUCAUCUACUUUGAGCCCUGAGCUGAGCCGCAAGUCGUAUUUGCUGCCCCGCUUUCUUCCUUCGGCUUCCUUUGACGUUCGCCAUCUAGUGGAGAGGCAUGGAGGAAGAAUUUAGAGGAGGUCGGCCUCAGUUGUUCGAUUUCAUUACGAAUGGGAGAGAUUGGAGUGAUAAGGGAGGUUACGGCGCCGCGGAGGAGAAGAAUCUGGAACUGAGGCUUGGCCUCCCGGGAGGAGAAGAUUGGUCGGCGGUGCAGGAGAAGAGAGAACACCCUGCCGAGUCUGCUGUGUCUCCUGGCCACAUCGCCAAGAUUCCCAAGAGCACCAACAUGAGUGCUUCUUCUGGAGCCAAAAGAGGGUGCUCGGAUGCGGUUGACUCGAAACCAGAAGGGACAUUAGCAGAUAAAACCACUUUCCAGCAACAACAUCUGCAGCAGCAGCAGCUUGGGUUCCUCCAGUUGCAGGCCAAAGGAAAGGAAUCAUUGCAUAGGACAAGUGGAAGCGCAGGGUUGCAGAGCCUGGAGGGGAAAGUGUGUGGUCCUCAUGCAGCACAUGCAUCUUCAACCAAGAACACGACUGCAACACACAGCACUUCUCAGUCAAGAGCUGCCGCUGCUCCUGUCGUUGGCUGGCCUCCCAUCCGAUCUUUCAGAAAGAAUCUUGCUGGUACUGCCAAAGCUUCUGCCGAAUCUCCCAACCGGCGCUCCGAAGCCGAGAAGAAGCUCGAGAACGACCGCAAGGGCUUGUUUGUGAAAAUUAACAUGGAUGGCAUCCCGAUAGGAAGAAAAGUAGACCUGAAGGCAUACGAUAGCUAUGAGAAGCUCUCUUUGGCCGUCGAUGAACUGUUCCGAGGCCUUCUCAUGGCAGCUCAAAUGGAUCUGCUUGCUGCUACCACACACAGCACCAUAGAAACGCAUCUGAUUUCCGGCUUGUUAGAUCGAAGCGGGGAAUACACUCUGGUUUAUGAAGAUGAUGAAGGGGACAAGAUGCUGGUUGGCGAUGUUCCAUGGGACAUGUUUGUUUCCACUGCUAAGAGACUACGUGUGUUGAAGAGCUCCGAUCUCUGUGCAUCACCUUUAACCGGGAGAAAUCAGGAGGAGGACAAACGACUGUUGAAUUGGGAGUGAUGUCGUGGCGCUGUCAUUUGAAUGCUUGCUUGCUUGCUUUAGGUUCUUAUCUCCCAUCAUGCUUCCUACUGCUCUUCCACUUGCUCGAGUCCCCGAGACAGUGUGUAUCGGUAUACAAUAUGUAAAUCUGCAGUCUGAAAUAUCAACAUCGCCAUUUUCUCGCGUUGCCAGCU